UUACCCUAGAUAAAUUUUUUUUAUUUUUUAGGAAAUUUACAAAGAUCGAAAAAAGUUUAGCAAGCAAGUAUUUGAAGUAGCAUCUUCUGACUUAGUAAAUAUGGGUAUUACUGUUGUAUCAUACACUAUUAAAGAUAUCAGAGAUGAAGAGGGUUAUCUCAAAGCUUUAGGUUUAGCUAGAACAGCUGAAGUCAAGAGAGAUGCACGUAUUGGAGAAGCUGAAGCUAAAAAAGAAACAAUGAUAAGAGAAGCUAUUGCUGAAGAAGAAAGAAUGGCAGCAAAAUUAAUAAAUGACACAGAAAUAGCUAAAGCACAAAGAGAUUUUGAAUUAAAAAAGGCUGCAUAUGAUGUUGAAAUACAAACAAAGAAAGCUGAGGCAGAAUUAGCCUAUGAAUUACAAGCUGCAAAAACAAAACAAAGAAUCAAAGAAGAACAAAUGCAAAUAGAUGUUGUUGAAAGGACUCAACAGAUUGCUGUUCAAGAACAAGAAAUACAGCGUAGGGAGCGUGAAUUAGAAGCAACUGUUAGAAGACCUGCAGAAGCAGAAAAAUUCAGGUAAAUAUUAUUUACUUUAAAUUUAAGUGGG